UCCGACAGGCGCCUGCCGCCGCUCGGCUGCGGGAGGAGGCAGGAGGCAGCGCCGGCUCCCUGCCCCGGGGACGCGCUGGCGGGGCGAACUUAGCCGGGGCCGGCUCCGGCUCCGCGCGGGGCUCGGCGCACGUCGCUCGCGGCCGCCGGCGAUGCCUGGGGCCCGCGGACCCGCAGGGAGCCAGCGGGCCGGCGAAGCGCUGCCCCUGCCCGCCCGCUAGCGCUGCGGCGCCCGGCCCCGCUCCGUGCCCCGGGCGCCCGCCCAGCAUGCUCCGCCCGGGCCCGCUGCUGCAGUCGCUCGCCCUGCUCUGCCUCUGCCCGCGCCGCCCCGGGCCCGCCUGGGGCAGGCUGGCCGCGGGCGGCGCCGCUGCCUGGGACCCGCCGCCGGCCCGCGGCCCCGGCGCGGCGCCCUGGUGCCCCUACAAGGUGUUCAGCGAGGGCCAGGCCAGCGGCCGCCUCUGCUUCAGGAGCCCGGCCCGGGACUUCCAGUGCCCGCCGCCCAGCUGCCGGGCGCACCGCUCGCCGGGCCGCGCCCUGGUGGCCAACGUGCUGGCCAACGGCAGCGUGCUGCUGCAGUGGGGGGCGCCGGGCGGCGACCUGCGGGGCUUCGCCCUCAACUGCUCCUGGGCCGGCACCUACACCCGCUUCCACUGCGACCGCGUCCAGCUGGGGGCCGCCUGCCGCGACUACCUGCUGCGCGAGGCGCACGGCAGCGUCCGCUACCGCCUGUGCCUGCAGCCCCUGGCCCGGGCCGGCGGGCCGGGCGCGCCCCGCGCCGAGUGCGUGGAGUUCAGCCGGGAGCCGGCCGGCCUGCGGGACAUCGUCAUCGCCAUGACGGCCGUGGGGGGCUCCAUCUGCGUCAUGCUCGUCCUCAUCUGCCUGCUGGUGGCCUACAUCACCGAGAACCUCAUGCCGCCGGCCGCCGCCGCCGCCGCCCCCGCCGCCAAGAGGGGCACGUAGGGCGCGGGCCCCGGCGGGGUGGGGGCCGCUCCGGAGCCCGGGCCUGGAGCGCCCUCUGCAGCCGCGGGGAGCCUGGGACUGGCCCCUGCAGCCGGGGGGCCUGGAGCGCCCUCUGCAGCCGCGGGGAGCCUGGGACUGGCCCCUGCAGCCGGGGGGCCUGGAGCGCCCUCUGCAGCCGGGGGCCCUGGGACCGGCCCCUGGAGCGCCCUCUGCAGCCGGGGGGCCUGGCACCGGCCCCUAGAGCCUGGGACCGGCCCCUAGAGCCGGAGCCUGGAGCGCCCUCUGCAGCCGGGGGGCCUGGGACCGGCCCCUAGAGCCGGGG